ACUAGCCUCGCGCCCUCACCAACUAGCCUCUCAAGGGGACGCACGGCAGCGCACUAUACGAAAACAAAAACAUCUGGAAGAUCUGUUCGUCCCCCGGCUACCCUUUUGAUUUUGUAAGAUCUUCUAUUAACUUGUGACUUUGGUAUUCAAUCAACAGUCGGAAUGGCCAUCGAUUUCGUCGGUUUCGCGUACGCCGCUUGUGUCGCCGCCGGAGGCAUCGCCGGUUACGCCAAAGCAGGUUCUGCUUGAGGUCCCCCGUGGUCCCCCGCCACCAGGCCACCAGCACGUCGGCAACGCUGAGUCCUCGUAGACCGGACUUCCCCAUCGACGACAUUGACAGCACCACCCUUCGCGUCGGCCACGUAGACAGCGUGACCCUCACCGUCAGCGACGUAGACAGCGCAACCCUCACCGUCAGCGACGUAGACAGCACAACCCUCACCGUCAGCGACGUAGACAGCACAACCCGAGGACACCAUGUCGUGCGCCGAGGCCGUGUUCAAGUACAUGGUGGCGCAGAACAGGCCGUACAGCGCCACGGAUGUGACCAUGAACCUGGGCAACCAGCACAGCAAGGGCGCCGUGCAGAAGGCCCUGGAGCAGCUGGCGCAGCAGGGCCGCCUGCUGGAGAAGGAGUACGGCAAGCAGAAGGUGUACUGCGCGCUGCAGAGCGGCGGCGCCUCCAAGGAGACCCUGGCCAAGGAGCUGCAGGAGCUGGACGCCGCCAUCGCCUCCGCCACGCAGAACCUCAACGCCGUGAACCAGCAGUUCAACGAGUCCGAGGCCGUGUACAAGGAGCUCAGCUCGGGGCCCACCACCGAGGAGGCCGAGGCCGAGGUCGCCGCCCUGGACGCGCGGCUGCAGCGCCUCCGGACCAAGCUCGCCGACCUGGCCGACAACUGCAUCAGAGUCAGCCCCCAGGACCGGCAGCGCAUCUCGCGACAGCACGAGACCAUCAUGCGGGAGUACAGGAAGAGGAAGCGCAUCUGCAACGAGAUGGUCAACGAGAUCCUGGAGGGCUACGACAAGAGCAAGAAGACCCUCCUGGAGGAGCUUGGCGUCGAGACGGACGAGGACGCCGGAGUCAAGCUGUGAAGAAGUGCUCGCUCCCGCGUGGCAUUGCUUCAUACAAGCUUAGGUCUCAUUUAUGAUUAAGCCUUUCUAUUAUUAUUAUUUAAAAUGAAGUUGAGAAUGAAUUGUUUAACUCAUUCUUGUUAGAUGUACGUACUUUUUAUUUCAACAUUAUAUUGUAAUUAACUAUAUCUCUUACAAGACUGAUCAUUUAUUUUUGUGAACUUGUUAGGAACAAAGUACAUGAGGUGUUCUUCUUUUCGUUGCAUAUCUUCAACUGCUGUGAUUUACAUUUUAUAAAAAUUUUCUCGUGAAAUAUACGUGCGAUGAACUUGUCAAACUUA